UGAUUAGCAAAGCUGUCUCUUCUCAGAGAGAUCUAUGCUUCAAUGCUUCAGUACUCCAUCGCCACAUUUGUAAAGCUUCAUUUCUUGUCAGGGCUAUGAUCCCGCCAGAGUCCUGGCGUUGGAUACAAUGACGUAUUUCCAGGCCUGGUAACGACAUUACCUCUUUCGGUAACAUUAGAUCUUUUUUUUCUCGUGGGCCCGAGAGAACCCCGCGCUAUAGAAAGAAAUAUCGGCUCCAUACCACUAGCGAUAAGACCAGACGGUUUGAAAUCGGUGGCUUUUUGUCAGUCGUCUUGGGAGAAUAAGACCCAACAUAACUUACCUGCAACCACAGUUUAGCCCAAUUUCAUUGGUACUAUCAUCAUGGGAAAGAAGAACAAGAAGUCUGCCGAGCACAAGGAGCGGGUAGCGGCGAAACAAUCCAAGAAAGCUGACAAGAAAGAAAAGCGAGGCAAGAACAAGGGGAAGGAUGCAGACAGUGACGCUGAGGAUGCCGAUUUGGAUGCUAUCCUCGCUCAGUAUGCAGAGGAGCAGGCCAGAUUCCUCAAGGUUACCGAGGUCGUUAGUGGACCUCCUACUCCACGCUCGUCGGCUACCGUAUUGGCGUCGCCUUCAAACCAGAACGAAAUUCUAGUCUUUGGCGGAGAGUUCUUUGAUGGCAAUCUCGCCACCUUCUUCAAUAAUCUUUUCGUCUAUAACAUCAACCGAGGGGAGUGGAAAGAGGUCAACAGUCCCAAUAGUCCACUACCCCGGAGUGGACACGCGUGGUGCCGUGGCGGCAAUACUGGAGGCGUCUACUUGUUCGGAGGAGAGUUCUCUUCUCCCAAACAGGGAACAUUUUAUCAUUACAAUGAUUUCUGGCACCUUGAUGCCUCGACCAGGGAGUGGACCCGUCUGGAAACGAAGGGCAAGGGACCUCCGGCCAGAAGCGGUCACCGAAUGACUUACUACAAGAACUACAUUAUUUUGUUCGGAGGAUUCCAGGAUACCUCGCAGCAGACCAAAUACCUCCAGGACCUGUGGAUCUACGAUUGCUCCAAAUAUACCUGGUUCAGUCCCAAUCUCUCAGCAGUUUCGCAGAAACCUGAUCCGCGUUCUUCUUUCUCUUUCUUGCCUCACGACACAGGCGCCGUUCUCUAUGGAGGCUAUUCCCGCGUCAAAGUCACUGCCGGCAUCAACGGGAAGCCAGUGAAGAACGGCCCUCAACGCAUGACGAUGAAGCCUAUGGUUCACCAAGAUACUUGGUUUCUCCGUAUUGCACCUCCUCCUGCUGACGCUCCAGCGAACACUCUUCCCACAGUACGCUGGGAGCGCAGGAAGAAGCCCGCUAAUUCGCCAAACCCACCGCGUGCCGGUGCCACCAUGGCGUACCACAAGGGACGAGGUAUCAUGUUUGGUGGUGUGCAUGAUGUCGAGCUCAGCGAGGAAGGAAUUGAUAGCGAGUUCUUUGACACUAUGUUUGCCUGGAAUACCGAUCGCAACCGCUUCUUCCCGCUGACCUUGAGACGGCCUAGGACACAAGGCAAGAAACAGACGGCGAAUCAGUUCAAGUCUCGUGACCGCAGCAAGGCUACCGAAGAGGAACUUUUGCAGAACCUCAAGGCUCUAGAGGCCAAGGGAGGCAUCCGUGAGUUGAACGAUGAGGAGGAGCUGCAAGCGGUACCCAAGCCCGAUGAGGAGCCUGCUCAGCCCGAGAAACCUUCGGUGGUGCGAUUCGAAAUGCCCCAUCAACGAUUCAAUGCACAGCUGGCGGUGCAAGACGACACUCUUUUCAUCUUUGGUGGAACCUUUGAGAAGGGAGAUCGGGAAUUCACGUUCAACGACAUGUACUCCAUUGAUCUUGUCAAGCUCGAUGGGGUGAAGGAGAUUUACUACAACGAGCCUGAGAACUGGCAUCUGCUCAACGAAGCGGAUAGCGAUGACGAAAUGGAUGAAGAUGAAGAUGACGAGCUCGACGAGGAAGAGGAAGGAGAUGAAGAUGCGAUGUCCCUCGACACCGCCUCUCCCGCGCCGACCGAAGUCACUGUCCCAUCGGUGACCAAGGAAUUGGAACAGCUAGAGGUAGAAGAGCAGGAGGGCGAACCAUCAAUUCAGGACAGCAGACCCCUUCCUCGUCCCUUCGAGAGCUUGCGUGAAUUCUUCAGUCGCACAUCCGAGGAAUGGCAGAAGAUCCUGAUAGAUACCUUGAAAGAGAGAGGCGCGGGUCUGGACAAAAACAUCAAAGAACUUCGGAAAGACGCGUUCAGUAUGGCAGAGGAGAAAUGGUGGGAUAGCAGAGAAGAAAUUAUGGCUCUGGAAGAUGAGCAGGAGGAGGCAGGCAUCGGUGAGGUAGUCAGCAUUGCUGAUAGAGCGGACACUGCCGGAGGCGCUGGAAGACGGCGGUGAUGUUGUAUAGGAAGCUCGGUCAGCACAACAAUAUGUAAGGGAAUACAACAAUAUGUGAUCAUGUUUGGUGUUCUCGGGCCUCGUCUGCAGAGUAAAUAAUUAUCAAAGGAACUGCAGAGGUACGAGGAAGAACCUUCACACCAG